AAAGUGAGAGAGAAAAUGAAGCAAAUAGUCUCUCUUGAUAAGAAAAUUCAAUCUCUGUACCCUCUUGCAUUGGCUUCUAUUCUAUUGUUGGGAACCACAAGACUGGUAUUUGAUGGCUUAAAGAGCAACAACAGCUAUGUAUUCCAGAAAUGUGGAAGGCAAAUUAGGGCACAACAACAAGUUGUUGUGGUUUCUCCAAAGGAUCUUAUUGAUGAGAGUUGUAAUGUUUUUGAAGGGAAUUGGGUUUGGGACAAUGUGUCCCAUCCUCUUUAUACAGAGCAAAGUUGCCCUUAUUUGGUCAAACAGGUUACUUGUCAAAGGAAUGGCAGGCAUGAUACUUUCUACAAGAAUUGGAGGUGGCAGCCUAAUGGGUGUGAUCUCCCAAGGUUCGAUGCAUUUAAGCUACUACAAAUUUUGAGAGGAAAACGUCUAAUGUUUGUAGGAGACUCUGUACAAAGAGGCCAGUUUGAAUCAUUGGUUUGUUUGGUUCAGUCUAUUAUACCUGAAGGGAAAAAAUCCCUUGAGAGAAUCCCUCCAAGAAAGAUUUUCAAAAUCCAGGAGUAUGAUGCUUCAAUCGAGUACUACUGGGCUCCAUUUAUAGUAGAGUCAAUAUCAGAUCAUGCAACAAAGCACACCGUAAUGAAAAGGCUGGUGAAGCUUGACUCAAUAGCUAAGCAUGGUAAACACUGGGAAGGUGUUGAUUACUUGGUGUUUGAGAGCUACGUAUGGUGGAGAUACAAGCCUACUAUUAAUGCAACAUAUGAAAAUCCAGAUGAUGUACAGGAAUACAAUGUGAGCACAGCAUACAGAUUGGCUUUAAAUACAUGGGCAAAUUGGAUAGACUCCACAAUCAAUCCCCAAACUCAGAAGGUCUUCUUCAUGAGUAUGUCCCCUACACAUUUAUGGAGCUGGGAAUGGAAGACUGGGAGCAAUGGAAACUGCUUUAACGAAACAUACCCAAUACAAGGCUCACCAUCUUACUGGGGUAGUGGUUCAAGUCUAGAAAUUAUGGACAUCAUCCGUGAUACUUUAGCAGGACUGAAAACUAAUGUGAAAUUUCUAAACAUAACAAGGUUGUCAGAGUUCAGAAAAGAUGCUCACACAACAAUAUAUGGUGAACGCAAGGGCAAGCUCUUGACAAAGGAACAGAGAGCUGAUCCCAAAAACUUUGCUGAUUGCAUCCACUGGUGCUUACCUGGUGUUCCUGACACGUGGAAUGAAAUUUUGUAUGCACAUUUGUUAAAGAGCCAUCAAAAUAUUUCAUAACUUAAAAUGACUCUUUCCAAAAUUUUCUUACUUUGAAGAUCAGUACCUGCAAGUUUAAGCAGAGAAGAAACAAUCACCACAAAAGAAUAUGAAUUUUGUUUUUCCAAUUCUCAUUUAUUUCUGAUUUAAAAAAGGUGCACGAGUAAUUUUGUACCA